CUUUCAAGUCCCUCACCUAGUAUAUAAACUACAGGCUGCAGCAGGCUGUCUGGCUUCAAAACUAACUUCAGAAAAACUACCAAGCAACUACCGUAUAGCUUCAGACCAAAUCAUAGAAAUGGACGUUCAGUACGUUAUGACAAGGAAGCGAAAGAGACCGGCUUACGACUCCCAAGGCGAUGAGGCGCUCGAUCUGCUUCAUUCCGAAACUUCGAUAGACAUGCGCGAACCAUCUUUAGGCCUCGUCCCUCCUAUUGUAUCCCUUCCUUCAGCUAGGGACACCACUGCAACCAAGGCACAGCUUUUACCAUCAAAAUUCAACAAGCUUAAUCCACAUCAGGAGGCCGUAACGGUGGACAACUUCAUUCGUCAAAUCACCGCGAGGGUGCCUGGACCGCGGCGCAAACGGCAGCUACGGACCGUAAAAUUGCAAGAUACAUCUACGGGCGGUGCAAAUAGUCAGCCAACCACUCGGCCUGCUCCCGCAAAGGUCUGCAUCUCAAAUGGAGGGUGUAUUUCCAACAAGCCCGUCGAGGACAGCAAACCGAUGACUCUGGCGCAAAGGCUGGCCCGUGCUGCCAUGCUUUCCCAUGUGGAAACGAAGGAGAUUCUGCAUCCUCCCGGUGUAUCCUCCUCUCGUCGGCCUCUCGACUUUGUUCCAUUCCCGAAAUUCGCAACGCCUCCCUCUUCGCCGAGGAAGAAACUUAUUAAACGAUCAGCUUUUUCUCGUUCUGAGUCUUCUGCAGUCAUGCUGCGCAAUAAUCGACGCCAAGGGGCAAAACAACAACCUGCUUUAGAGCGUCCUGGCUAUCCUCCUCUGCCCUUUGUUCCCUCACAUGAAGCGAAGGCCACAGAUACCUCUGGAGCGCGAUCUCACACCGAGUCUUCUGCAGUCAUACUCGACAGUAGUCGACGAAAGAGGCUAAAAAAACAACCAACUUCCGAGCGUCCUGGCUAUCCUCGUUUGAACUUCAUCCCCUCACAUGAAGCAGAGGCAGGAUAUGCCGCAAUGUUUCCGUGA